CUGCGCGCCGCUCGCCAGCCGCCCUCUGUGAGUACGCCGAGCGCUGCCCGCUGCGCUGGGAACACGCUUCCUACGCCCAAACAAAUCUCUGCCGUCAUGGAUUUCGACGAGUAUCGGAAAAGAGGCAAGGAGAUGGUGGACUACAUAGCGGACUACCUGGAGCACAUCCGCGAGCGGCGCGUCUACCCGGCCGUGCAGCCCGGUUACCUGCGCGAGUUGGUUCCGGAGCACGCGCCGCAGGAGCCGGAGCCUUGGGAGGACAUCAUGGCCGACGUGGAGCGCGUCGUCAUGCCGGGGAUGACGCACUGGCAGAGCCCGCACAUGCACGCCUACUUCCCGGCGCUCAACUCGUUCCCGUCGCUGCUGGGAGACAUGCUUGCAGACGCCAUCAACUGCAUCGGUUUCACUUGGGCGUCAAGCCCCGCGUGCACGGAGCUGGAGACGGUGGUGAUGAACUGGCUGGGCGAGAUGCUGGGACUGCCCGACGACUUCCUUCACACGCGCCCAGACAGCAAGGGUGGCGGCGUCAUACAGACGACUGCGAGUGAGGCGACGAUGGUGAGCCUGCUGGCGGGUCGCACCGAAGCCAUCCAAAGGGCGCAGCGGCGCUGCCCAGACCUGGAGGACGCAGAGGUCAACGCCCGCCUCGUCGCCUACUGCUCCGACCAGGCGCAUUCGUCUGUGGAGAAGGCGGGGCUCAUCGGUCUGGUGCAGAUGCGCUUCGUGCCGAGCGACAGCGAACUCAGCCUGCGCGGGGACCGCCUGCGCGAAGCCGUGCGCCGCGACCGCGCCAAGGGACUCAUUCCCUUCUACGUAUGUGCCACGCUCGGGACAACAGGGGCCUGUGCAUUUGACAACUUGGAGGAGUUAGGUCCCGUGUGCGAGGAGGAAGAGCUGUGGCUGCAUGUGGACGCGGCGUACGCGGGCGCCGCCUUCGUCUGCCCGGAGUUCCGCGUGUGGCUGGCCGGCGUGCAGUACGCGCACUCCUUCGCCUUCAACCCUUCCAAGUGGCUCAUGGUCCACUUCGAUUGCACCGCCAUGUGGGUGAAAGACGCUGGCGCCCUCCACCGCACUUUCAACGUGGAUCCGCUCUACCUGCAACACGAAAAUUCCGGUCUGGCAAUUGAUUACAUGCACUGGCAAAUUCCUUUAAGUAAGAGAUUUCGAGCCCUGAAGCUGUGGUUCGUAAUCAGGAGUUACGGAGUGAAAGGUCUUCAGCGUCACAUUAGAGAGGGAGUGCGGCUGGCGCAGCAGCUGGAGGCGAUGGUGGCGGCGGACCCGCGCUUCGAGGUGGCGGCCAAGCGCCACCUGGGGCUGGUGGUGUUGCGCCUGCGCGGGGACAACGCGCUCACCGAGCGCCUGCUCAAGCGGCUGAACGCGCGCGGCCGCGUGCACUGCGUGCCCGCCGCGCUCAACGGCCGCUACGUCAUCCGCUUCACCGUGACGUCGGCGCGCACCACCCCAGACGACAUCGCCCGCGACUGGGCCGAGAUCCGCGCCACCGCCGACACCGUGCUGCAGCCCGACCGGCCGCGCGCCAAGGUGCCGCUCGCAGAGACGCGUGCACGCAACGAGCUGUUCGGUUCCAGCCUGCUCCUCGCCAACUCGCCAAUGUCGCCCAAGAUUGUGAACGGGAGCUUCGCGGCCAUCUUCGACAACGGCGACCAGGAGCUGUCUCAGCUGCGGCUCCAGGUGAAGGACAGUCCAGCUGUGCGGCGGCGCAUCCGAGGCAUGAUGGUGUCGGGCAAGCAGCUGUCGCUGGACUCCAGCCUCGACAUGGCGCACUCGCUGGCGGGCCGCAGCGGCAUGCGGCCGCACUCAGAACCCUCGGCCGGCGACCACCUGCCAGAGGAGGACGACUCAGAUGAAGUGAAUGACAUGCCCAAAUUAUGUGCAAAGUGUGGGCAUAUAAUCAAGGAGUGAUGAUGAUAUUCUGUGAUGGAACAUCGCAGCCUAGAUUAAAUACAUAAAAUUUCAUAAGUCUAUUUCAAUAAUGAAUAAAAAUAUAUCACUUUUGUAUCAUACAUACAGCCUUUAUGAAGCUUUCUUUCUUGUGAGAUAUUUAUUGAAACUACUAUGUUAGAGCUAAGUAUUCAACUCUUAUAUUGUCAGGAGGGAAUGCCUAUUGAUUAAGGACUGGUAAACAGGUUUUUGUGACUUCCAAUUAGUAACAUAUUCAUCAGCAAGUUUUUCCAGUUUUCUGUGAUUACCAGUGUCUGUAACCAGUAUGUGUCUGUAAUAUCUUACAUUUAAUUUAACAUCAUAUUUUUAAGUGCUUAUAUAGUCGGGUAAUGCAUAAAUAAGUGCACUAAUAUUGGGGCUAGAAUUCAGGUUAACAAUGUUUUAUCAUGCAAAUUAGGAAAUGAGAUGUAAAUAUGAAUCAAACAUUAAUAGAAUAAUGACACUGUUGCAAUCAAUUAAAAAUUUAGCAGUUUUGUUUCCUCUGGAAGACUUUAAUUUUUUUAUUAUGAGAAGAUAGGGAUGGAAUUCUUCAAAAAAAUGACUACUGUUUUUAUAACGUGUAUCAAAGUAGCUUGUCAAUAUGGAAACAAAAUUAUCACGCACAAAGGAAACUAUGAAUUCUCAGUUUCUGAUAAGAUACGAAGAAUCCUUUGAAUAAAAAUUUAGUUGCCAGAACAUUUUCCUUAACAUAUAGCCAAAUACUAACCAUCUCACAGUAUUUUAUACAGAAUUCAUUAUAUUAUGAGUACUUUAUGGCAUAUUCCGAUCUUGCUCCUAUAUGCUCUCAAUGUUUUACUAGAGUGGAUGAUUUUAGUAUAAUUAUCAAUGCAAUAAGUAAUCAUAUUCAAAUAAAAUGUUAAGUUGUCAUUGUGAAAACAUCUUUUUGAGUAAUAAUUACUAUACAUGAGUCUUCAGCAAAAAAAGGAACAUGUUUUAUCAUUGUAGUCACAAAUAUCUGGAGGGAAUAAGAAUUUUUUGUGGAUAAGAACAGCAGUUUACAUAUCAGACAGACAUUAACAGCUAGCUGUUGCCAAUCAUCUGUUGAUAUGUGCUUCAGAUUGCUAAUAUUAAUUAUUGACAAUGUUUUAGGUUAUACAAUUGUCCCUUAAAUGAAGCAGCCAUCUCAACAUAAAAUAUGUUAUUCUAAAACUGGCAAUAUUGGAACUGCUGGAUCUGCUUAUGUGACAGGUACAGGAUGAGGAGCACUAUGAAAAGUUAGCACUGAAUAUGAGGUAUAUUUUAAAUUUUGAAACAUUAUUUAAAUGUAUGUGUUUGUGAGAAAACUACAUCUGACCAGUCUUGUUGAUCACAUUUAUUUGCUUCUACUACCAAUGAAUUAAAUUACUUUCAUGUACCAUUAAAUAAUAAAACUGAAAUCACUUAACGUUAUAUGACAAAUGAUGUAAUGGUAUUUAAUGUCUCAGAUUCAAAAAUCAGAAGUUAUAGUAAGAUAUUCAUUGUUAUGUAACUUGGUCUAUAGAUUUUGAUGUGAGUUAUCCUAGAUAUGGGCUCCCAUGCACAAAAACCUGAUGCCAAGAGAAAAUUCAAUUUAAGUAAGUGGUGUUAUUUUCAAAAGAAAUAAAAAAAGGAAAAUAUGUAGAGAACUGAAUUAGUUAUUUUGGAAUAAAUCUAGUUCAUAUAGAGUUGUACCAUAUGUAAUAUGCUGUUAGUGUUUAACUGAAAUUGUUCUUGAAAGCACAUUCAUUGGUACAAAUAAGGUAAUAGUUUAGAUUAAAUAUUUCAUGUUACAAGCCCAAGAUUAGGCCAACAUGUUUCCCUUCUCUGCUACCUUUAAAACAUAAAAAACUGUUAAGAUAUUAACCCUAGUAGCAGCUGCUACCUAUAUGUGUCAUGCAUCAUAGUAAUUCCUUGAAAUAUAAGGGGGAGAGUAUACUUUAAAUACAUUUUCAAGAUAUCAGUAAAAUUCUAUACAUUGCAAAACUCAUAUAAAUUCUAAUUUUUAAACGUCAUAACAGAUGUAAAUUUUUCAAGACUAAAUAUUUCUUGAGUUUACUUGUGUAUGACCAACAGAAAGAUUCAUCUUAAAUCACAUCUACAGAUAUUACUAUUGUUUCCAAUAUUGUUCAUAAUAAGAUGCUAUAAUUAGUUACCAAAACUGUUAAUGAAGCGAAAGUUCCUUGCUACAAAUAAAAUUACACAUGUAUUCUACAGAUAGGAUAUUCAUAACUGUAUUUACAUGCAACAUAAAAUAUCUAUGGAAUUCAACAAAUUUCAUAUUGUUUUCUGUGACAUCCAUAGCAGAUUAUAAACUCUUAUCUGUAAUCACUCCUGUAUUAAUAAAAUAUGUAUUUGAAAUGUUGAA